UGACUAGCAACAGCAGCCGUGCCAUUUAUUGUUUCCUCUUACCGUACCAGGCUUACAGAUCAUCUGAACAAAACCACUAUGAUAUAGAGAAGCAGCUACAGCUUUUGAAGGGGUGCGCAGGAAAACUAAUCUGAGCAGUGCAACUUGAUCCAAAUGUAUGGGAACAUUUUUUCCAUAUUGAUAGUUCUAGUUCUCCCUGUGUCUUUUUGAUAAGCAUGUAUCUGAAAAUAAUUUUUGGACAAUCUGUGACAUAGAGGCUGCUUUCGGACAAAAAAGCUUUUUGAAUAACUAAUCCAAUUGUAUGAGGAUAAGGCUCUAAUUCAUGGAGAAUUUGAAUCAGAAACUAAUCACAAGCUCUCUCCGAAGGAAUGUUGGCAAAGAGGGGGAAAAGCCGAGUAGUAAUUAUUUACCAAAACAUGUAUUCUUGAGUCACAGUGGACAGCAGAAGGACUUUGUGGAACAACUAUUUGUAGAUAUGGAGAAACUAAACAUAUCUUGUUUUUUUGAUAAAGAUAAUAAAAGUUUGCCCAAAGGUGAGAAUUUCCCAUCUCUUAUUUUUAAGGCUGCUGAGAAAUGCAAAAUAGCAGUAAUUGUCUUAUCGGAGGAUUUUAUAACUACAAAAUGGCCGAUGCUCGAACUUUGUGCUUUUGUUAAAGCCAAAAGUGAAAAGAACCCAAGCCUUAAAAUAUUCCCCCUCUUUUUCAAGAUGACACCCAAAGAACUUUCUGAAUUCAUUCACAGUAUUGAGAACAAAAGAUACCCUGACUCCUGGAAUCAGCUUUACAAAUCAGAUGACAGAAUUAAUCUUGAAGCUUGGUUGGAUGCCCUGAAAGCACUUCGUUCCAUUAAUGGUGAAAUAUAUAUUAAAGAAGAAGGUGAAGUUGCUUAUAGACGUAGAAUUAUUUCUCGCAUCCGUCCUCUACUACCACAAAGCUUGAAAUAUGAAGACAUUUCAAUAAAAGGAAAAGAACGUCUCUGCCUGGAGAUCCAUUUGCUGUUCUUGAGUGUUCCAUGUUCAAAAACUGGUGCCAGAGUGGUUGGUUUAUAUGGAAUAGGUGGCUGUGGCAAAACAACUUUGGGCAUGAGCCUUUGCAACUUUUAUUGGGAGAUUUUUGAAGGAAGAGUGUUUCAUGCUGAACUUCAAAGGAAUGAUCCCACAAAGAACAUAAAACGAGCUCUUAAAUAUCUAACUGAUGCAGAUGAACAGUCUUUGGACUCAGUGGAGAAUGCCCAACAGGGAUGGCACAUGUUCAGGGAACGGAUGCCUUAUUACAAAGGGUUCUUGGUUGUGGAUAAUAUUGGUGACGAGCGAGAAUCCAUUGAUGAAGCCAGAAAUUUAUUAGAUGCAGGUUUUGGAGAAGGAAGCAUGAUUCUUUUAACAGCACGAAGCCCCAAUAUCUUGAAGAGUGUUAUUCCUGAAAUAGAAAAUUCAAUUGUGCCUGUGCCAGCUCUUAAUGAGGAUGAGGCUAUAGCUGUUUUAAUGGAUUUGCCAUUAGAGAAAGUAUUUGAGUUAAGCAGUGAACAAAAACAUAAUGCAAGAAAGUGUGCACAGAGUUGUUUGUUCAGACGGCAGGGCUGGGAAGAGGGCAAUUAUAAUAAUCCAUUAGCUCUAAAGACCUAUGGCGCAUAUCUUCGGGAUAAGUUCACAUGUGACUCUUCCAAAUGGGUUCAGAUACCCGAGUUCAGCCAAUAUUCUGUUAAAUAUGAAGCCCAUCAAAAUAUUUUUGCCAUUUUCGAGUUGAGUUUCAAUGGGUUGUAUCGAAGGCAUCUCAAGAUAUUUAUGCUUCUAAAUUUGUAUCUGCCUCAAUCCAGAAAUUACAGGGAUUAUAAAUCUUUUGAUGAGAUUCGAAAAUGGUUAGCCCUAGUUUGCUGCAAUGAGAACGAGAAUGAGGAAUCUAUUCGUGAAGCUAUGUAUGAUUUGAAGAAGAAGGGCCUUAUUGAAGAAUGUGAACCUGAGAUUUAUAUCCAUGAUCUGCUGAAAGAGUUUGCUGAGAUUAAAGCAAACAAAGUGGAGGAAUGGAUAUCACUGGAGAAAGUGAAUGAAAUUCCUGUGACUCAAUCUGCUAUCGAGGCCAUGAAGUUUAUAGACUGCAAAAUGAAGAUUCUGGGUACAGUUAACGACGACUCAUAUAGAUUUCUCUGUGUUCUUCAUUUGGAAAACAUGUCAAAACUCAAAAUUCUAGACCUGGGCUCAAUGAAGUCUGUGAGAAGUAUCAGAAUUGAGAGCUGUCAUAAACUGAAAGAAAUUCAAGGGGUUCAGAACCUGUCAACCCUUCGUUAUUUUGAUCUAAUAAACUGCUGUAGAGAAGUCAAGUGUUCAGGGAUUAGUAAUCUCAGAGGACUGAGACAUCUUUAUGCCCAUUUGAAGAAGGGAGAUCUUGACUGCAGUACACAUGUAGAAUGCCAUGAUCUUAGUAAGUGUUACUCCCUGGAAGACAUUUUUGUCCGACGUGGCUCUCAAGUAAAGCUUCCCAAACUAAAGCACCUGCAUCACCUCCAAACUCUUAAGGUUGAACACUGUGAUGAUUUGAUUGGACCAGAAAACUUUAAUGUGUGUUUGGAACUUAAAAGCAUCAAGCUUUGGGUAUGUGAAAAUGUUACUGGACUAUUAAAUUUUUCUGGAUGUACAAAACUUGAAAAUAUCACAAUUCAGGAGUGCUUGUUUAAGACGCCAGGGCCAUUAAAUUUUGCUGGAUGUACAAAACUUGAAAAUAUCACGAUUAAAGAGUGCUCAACCAAGAUGCCAGGGCCAUUAAAUUUGACCGGUUGUUACAAUGUUCAAACAAUGGAUGUGAAUGCAGAGAACUGGUUGACAGAAAUUCAAGGCUUGGAUGGGAUGACAAAUUUAAUUUAUCUCUCCAUAGGCGAUAUGGAAAAUGUAGAAGAGUUUCCUAGUUUCAAGCAACUGCAUAACCUAACGUGUUUUAGUUUGGUAAAUUGUAGUAUAAGGGAACCCCCAGACCUGACAAACUGUUUUAAACUGAUGACAGUUAGUAUUAUUGGAUGUAAAAACUUAGGCAGGUCCCCUAUACUUUAUGGCCUUCCUGCUUUAAAAAGCUUGUCAUUAGUAGGAUGCACAGGAGUUACUGAUCCUCCAGAUGUGAGUUGGUGCACUGAUCUGGAGCUUUUGGAUGUAAGGGAUAAUGAGAACAUGGAAGGCGUGCCUUGCAUGAUCGAUUGCGUCUCUCUCAAAUGGGUUUUCUUGACAUGGCAUGUUAAGCGAGCUGAUGGAACCAAAAUAUUAUGGAAGUUUAAUAAUGUUAAAUUUUUUUACGAUCCUUCAGUUGAGUGCCCACAUUAUGAGGACCAUUGGGUUGGGGUUCCAGAUAUACCACAGCAAUUGAAGGAAUCUCCCAUCUUUUUCAACUUUAGAAGACCCCACAGUGAAGUUUUUUUAAUUGACGGCAGACCAUACUCUGUUUGUUUGAUCUGAAACGGUUUUUUUCUUUUCUUUUUUUUCUUUUUUUUCCAAAUUGAGUGUAAGAAAUGAAGUACGCAAGUUGAACUGGCGACAAAAAUGCUGUACUGUGCUGUCUUUGAACAUAUCUUGCAUAUGUCUCAUUGUUAUUAUUUGUAUGUUUUUACA